GAAAUGAGUGUGUGUGUGUAGUGCUGCAGUAACGAAAGAGGGGGAAUGACUGCAGUUUCUCGGGCUGAUGGAAAAGAGCGUGCAGGAGACGUUCGCGCGCCGCUGAAACAUUAACCCCUAAGUGCCUCGUUCAUUGAGGAUUAGGACCGAGGAGAACGCCGCAGUCAGGGUUUUUGUUUGUGUAACCAUCAAGCAUGAAGUGGAAUUUGUUUAAGAAGAAGCCCGAGGCCAUGGUGGGGCCUGAGCCAACAGGAGCCAGCGCUUUGACCGUAGCCCCCGCCGUCUCCACACCUGCAGACAACUCCACCGAACAGCAGGGCCACGUCACCAAGAAUGACGUCUUUGGUGACAUCAAAAACAAGUUUCUCAAUGAGAUGGACAAGCUGCCAUUGCCUUCCUGGGCCAUAAUUGCCAUCGCUAUCGUGGCAGUGGUGCUCAUCCUCACCUGCUGUUUCUGCGUCGUUAAAAAGACCUGCCUUAAGAAGAAAAAAGGCAAGAAGGGAAAGAAAGGCAAGGGAGACAUGGGAAUGAAGAACAUGAAGGGAGGAGAGAAACAGGAAGAGGAUGAUGAUGAAGAAGAUAUAGACGUGGGAAUUGCUGAAGAGCAAGAGGAAGAACCCAAAGAAAAGGAGAAACUCGGAAAACUGCAGUUUUCCUUGGAUUAUGACUUCGCUGACAGCAAGCUGACGGUGGGCAUCCUGCAAGCUGCAGAUCUUCUCUCUAUGGACAGUGGAGGCACCUCUGACCCGUACGUCAAAGUUUUCAUUCUCCCAGACAAGAAGAAGAAGUAUGACACCAAGGUGCACAAGAAAACCCUCAACCCCGUCUUCAACGAGACUUUCAACUUCAAGAUUCCAUUCAAUGAAAUGGGUGGGAAGACUCUGGUCAUGUCCGUGUACGACUUUGACCGUUUCUCGAAACAUGACGUUAUCGGUGAGGUGAAGAUUCCCAUGAACACGCUGGACCUUGCACAGCCCAUCGAGCAAUGGAGAGAUCUGGACAGUGCUGAGAAAGAAGAGCCUGAAAAGCUUGGAGAUAUCUGCAUCUCUCUGCGUUACGUACCGACAGCUGGAAAACUCACUAUCUGCAUCCUGGAAGCUAAGAACCUGAAGAAGAUGGAUGUUGGAGGACUCUCAGAUCCCUAUGUGAAGAUUCACCUUCUACAAAACGGAAAGCGUUUGAAGAAGAAGAAGACCACGGUGAAGAAGAACACACUGAAUCCCUACUACAACGAAUCCUUCAGCUUUGAGAUCCCGCAGGAUCAGAUGCAGAAAAUCCAAGCCGUGGUCACAGUGCUCGACUACGACAAGAUCGGAAAGAAUGACGCGAUCGGGAAGAUCUGGGUUGGCAGCAAAGCACAGGGCACCGAGCUGAGACACUGGUCCGACAUGCUGGCGAACCCCCGUCGGCCCAUCGCCCAAUGGCAUCCGCUCAAACCCGAGGAGGAGGUGGAUGCGACGUUAGCAGCCCUCACUGCCAAGAAGUAAUCCUGCCACUUCCCCUCUUCUUUCCUCCUUUGCCCUCUCUACCACUUUCCCUUUCUUUCAUUCACUUGCACAACACAUCAUCUUAACCAAUCAGCACUGAAUUACAGCCGUGGGCCAUCAGACUAGAGACAAGAAGAACACGAAUCGCUCUCGUCGGCUACUACAAAUUGAGAUAGCGGCGGAUCAGGGUUGCGUUUGAUCUAAUGGGGAACCUGAAGACAGACUGUUUUAACUUCUAUCGAGGAGUAAAGGGGGAGAUCAUAUUUCAGCACAUUUACAAGCAUUCAACUGAUCAACAGCAUUCCAGAUGUUUUGCAUCGGUGACCAGGGAUAGAAAACACUGCCUAAUUUUAACACAUUUCUUCUAGAUUCUCUGGUCAUCUUGAUCUAUAAGUUCUGUUACGUUUGCCGAGUCUGAAAGGACAGUAAUGAUUCAUCAUUGUGAAUAUGAAAAAAACGUAGGGAAUGGUUGGACUAGAUGUUCCAGCUAGAAGGAAUUUUUCAGGUGUCGUCGAAUACACUGCCUGCGAACAACCUUUUCUUCCAUCCUUCAGUUCGAACGGUCAGUCGGAUCCCACCGCUGCCCGACGUCCUAACAAAACCCUGACAAAAAGGAGACAAGCCUUCAAACAUCACGAUAAAAGCAAUUCUUAGCCGCCAGGGACGUCUUCCUGUUAGCAUCGGUGUUUUAUCCUUUGCUUCGGUUCGUUGUUUUAAAUGUUUUCUGCCUGAGCACUUUAAACUGAAGUGUGUUUUCGUUCAAUUGUAUUUUUACUUGCUUUGUUUUGAUUCAUGUCCUGGACCAAUUUAUAAAUUCACACCACUUUGUUUUGGUUUACACCAGAAGUUAAUAUGGUUUGAGAAGUGACGUUAUGACAGAGGGCGAUGUUACGCGUGUAUUUACUACACAAAUUACCAAACCGCUGAACUUAUUUGCACUACUGGAUGUUGCUCCGUCAAUUUCAGUCUGUACUUUUUUGAUGGUGCAUUCUUGAUUCGAGUUGCAUUGGAAAAAGGGAACUUGUAUCAUCUGAAUCAGCUGCUGACAGUGGCAGUAAUUGUUGUGAGAAUGUAAAUAUCAUUUAGCUGAUGAACGACACCGAACUACACAGUAGUAAUCUUCAGGCGAACGAUCCUCAUCUUCUCAGCAGAAGGUGUUGAUGGAGAUUUCUUUAUGGAGAAUAAUAAUUUAGUGCGUGUAGACUUUUAAAUCAGGCCAAAUGUCACAGGUUUAGAUUAAUAGGGUGGGUUUAAAGGGAUUGAAGGUUUGUGUGCUCAUCAUGCUUAGACCCAAGAUAAACAACACAUUCUGGUGAGGAAAUUUCACUCGAGGGACUUUUAGUGCUUUCCAAAAAACAGCACUCAAGUGGAAUAUUUAACUCAUUUUGGAGGACUCGAAUGCAAAUCUUAAAGUGAAAUGUUAAAAUUAAAAGGUCGUAAUUCACACCACAAAUCUUGAAACAAAAAGUGUGAAAUGUAUUAUCCGACCAUGCUGUGACGUAGGUAUGGGUAGGGUUAGGGGCUAAAAAUCUAAUAUAUGUAACCCUGGACCACAAAACCAGUCAUAAGCAUUUUUUUUAUUAAGAUUUAUACAUAAUCUGAAAGCAGAUGUAUAAGGUUUUUCAUUGGUGUAUGGUUUGUAAUGAACAGACAAUAUUUGGCUGAGAUGCAACUAUUUAACUCAUUCCCUGCCAGCCUUUUUUUAAUAGUUGCCCGCCAGCAUUUUUUGUGAUUUUUAUAAAAGUUUCAGAAAAUGCCUUCCAGAAAAUGUUUCUUUUAAAGGUGCAGUUUGUAGAUUUUAGUGGCAUCUAGUGGUGAGGUUGUGUAUUGCACUCCACAUAGAGAAGCUAUGGUAGCCGACAAACAUGUCAUCGUUUGAGACAUCGAAGUGACAAACGCGCUCUAUAGGACAGUUCGUCCAUUUAGGGCUACUGUAGAAAUAUGAAGGCACAAAAUGGCGCCCUCCGUGUAAGGGGACCCGCGGUGUGUGUAGAUAAAAACAUCUUAUUCUAAGGUUCAUAAAAACAAUACAGUUUAUAUUAUAAUUUAUACAACACUCAAAACACAGUUGUCUAUAUUAUAUUGCAUUGCUGUCUAAAGAUCCUUCUAAAAUGUACACACUGCACCUUUAAAAAUAUAUAAACAAACAAAUAUAUCAAAUGAAUGAACAGACCCUCUGCUUUCAAACAAACAAACAAAACAGGAAAAAAAGGUUUCUCUGCUUAUGAACUUCACAAAAUGGGUAUGGGUAUUUUUCUUCAAAAAUAAGAUUUUAUUUAGCAAAAAACUUUUAAAUUGGGUACUAUCAAGUGGAUAAUUCCAGUAUUACAUAUAUCCAUAAAAACUCAUCGUUUUUUUUCAUGCAAAAGUUUUCCAUUAAUUGACAAAAUAACUUGUCAAUGGUAGGGAAAGAGUUAAAAAUCUGGAAUCAAAGGAUGCAAAAAAUCUAAAUAUUGAAUAAAAUCGCCUUAGCAAUGCAUAUAACGAAUGAUAAAUACAUUUUGAUGUAGGUAAGGUAAUUUACAAAAUGUCUUCAUAAUCUUUAGGCUACAUAAUAUACAGAUAUUUUGCAUAAAAAAUCUACAUAUUUGACCAAUACGAUACAAAUAUACCCAUGCAACUUAUGACUGAUUUAAUGGUCCAGAAUCACAUAUAUUUUAAAUAAUUUCAAUAAAAUGUAAUUGUAAAUGUAAUACAAUAAAAUGUUUUAUACUUUAUAUAAAUUCAUUGACUGAGUCCUUCAAACUGAGGUAAAAUUCAUGAGUAAGUGUUGUUUUGUGCAAUUUUCCUUACGAGACUGUCGUAUUUACGUGACACGCGGCGUUCAGUUGCAAUAACUCUGUCGCUAGUUAGCAAGUAUUUCCAUCCAUGUUCACAGUUUGACGUUAUAUUGCUGCAGAAUUAACAAAUGUGUGAUUAUUUAUUUAAGUUCGAACACAUUGUUUACUUAUGUCAACUCUAUUAAUGUGAGUUAAUUCUACACAACCGUGUCUAUUAUUUAAAAAAACGUACGCAAAGAAAUCGUAAAUCGCAACAAAUCCCCUCCCCGAACCCAAAAGCGUGUAGUUUUAACUAUAUAUGCAUAGUUCCUACUUUAUAAUACUGCAUGAUACAAUAAAAAAGAUGCGCAUGUUUCAGAGAUGAAGCAAAAUAUGUUGUGUAGGUGUUCUUUGUCAUUUAAAUACAGUAAAGAGGACGGGGAUAAGAUACUGUGUAUAUUUUCGAAACAAAUCAAAUAUGUAUUUAUUUUCUGUGAGUGGGUACUGGAGAGAAUAUGAACUACACUAUUCCUCAUUUUCAGAUCCAUGCCUGAUCAUCAUAAGCAAAUAUGUUAAGUGCUUCGUGGGAACUAACGUAGAAUGAAACGUAGCCGCAUGCUUGCCGUCUACUAAUGUUGUUAAGGACAAACUUAAUGUGUAAAUUGAUUUAUUCUUCAUUUUUUAGAGUAAAAUUUCCAUGUCUUUUUGUCGAUAUACGUUUGCGGGAAGUUAAAACUUCCAUAGGGGGCUCCAAGUCCGAAUAUUCCCCGGCAUCAACUUUCGUGUAAUGUUUUGGGCCACACUGAAUCAUUAUGAAAGUGAUUAAGGUUUCAGUUCUUAUCUCUUAUCUAUUAUUUUCGUCUUUUCACUAUCAGUGCCAAUAAGAAUAAGUCACGUUUACUGCCAUUUUACCUGACUUUACGUCAUUCUUACGUGAUUUUUUCGGACCAACUGAUUUCUACCUUGGUGACCAAGUUGCCAAAGCACAAUAGUAUCAAUCACAUGAUAGAAAACUUGGAGUCCCUAUUGUUUUCUAUAAGCUUUUGUUUUUAGAGAAAGUUUUACAUGAUUACAGCGUUUAACUAGCCAAUAAACAGUAAGUUUGUGUGUGUGUGCGAGUGUGAAUAAGAUAAAGCCAUAAGACUUGAGCUAAAUCUUUGGAGCUCAGCUAUGUAGAUGUACUUAAAAUAACUCUAAAAAUGUCUCCUCUUUUCGUAAGUCGAUGUAUAUCUCUUCAACAUUCCAUUAAAGUCUGUGAUGCUACUGUAGAAGCCACACAGUUUCUUAAAAAUGUGCUAAUUUUAACAUUAUUGGCAGUUUAACUUCCAAUAGCCAGUCUCUUAUAAUGUGUAUUUUUAUUUAUUUAUUUAUUUUGUUGAGUGUUAUGAUGAUUUAAUUUUCUAUUGGGUUUUGCAAAUGCCUUUAUUUAACACUGUGUGCUAGGGACAUCUGUACUGUAUGAACAUAUAUGUGUGUGGUCAAUGUAGUCCUUUCCAUUGUAUGUUUGCACAUGCAUUUUUGGGCAAAGGGCAAUUUUCAAGUGCAGUAUACAGUAAAAGGAUUGGUUAACCAUAGAAAUAUACCAUCAUUUUACUGUAGUACUGAGUAACUCUUUUUUUUAUUGGAUUAAGUAAUAUAAUAGUAAUACAUUGAUAUUAAUAAAUGAACUCAUUAAAAAAAACGAUUUGUCAAAGACAAACUCUGAUUUGUUGGUUUAACUUAAAAAAGUUAGUAAUUUUUGAGUUGAUUUGACUUAAAAAUAUUAGUUGAGUCAAAAAAGCAUUAUGCCUAAACUAAUAUUUUUGAGUUGAACUAACUCAACAUUUUAAAGAGCACCUAUUUUAUCGCUAAAAACAAUGUUAUUUUAUGUAUUUGGUGUAAUAUAAUGUGUUCGCGUGGUUUAUGGUUAAAACACACAUUAUUUUCCACAUACCGCACAUUUUUGUAGCUCCAGAUUUCACUCUCUUGAUUGGCCAGCUAACCUGUACUUGUGAUUGGCCUGAAUUCCUCUGACGUCAGCCGGAAAUGUGACGCUCCUUACCAUGUUUGAAAUAUUCGCUCACAAUGCAAUGCUAACAGGAGUUAACUUACAGGCUGUGAGUCUGAAGUGGGAGGAAUUAUAAUAAUGUCGGUCUUGUCUACGUCACCAGUCCCAGGAAGUAAACUGUUGCCUACAAUCUGUGUGUUUGUUGUAGUCCAAGAAAAGAGAUUUACGUUGGAGACAAUAACUCACGUCAUCGUUUAGUUUGGGGUUUGUACCUUUUGCAUAUCGUUAACAUGUACUAAUACACAAAAGCAAAUGUAAAAUCGUGACUCGGACAAUAGGUGUUCUUUAAGGCAACAGGACACUUACUUUUUAAAAUUGAACCAACAAAUCAUUCUUUACCUUGUAAUAAUUAAAACAAAUGAAAACCUAAAUGAUAGAUACAUUAUUUAUUUAUUUAUUUGAAAGAAAUUAAUCAGAAUUGUGCAUAAAUUAAGCUCGUCCAGCUAAUGUCAUUUAGCAUUAGCCGAGAACGUUUGGGGCUUAAGUGCGUACAGUAUGAUUGUGUGUGAAUUGAAUAAUAAUGCAUAGGCCCUUUAAUAAAGAAUCAUUUAUUGUGAGUUAAUCGAGCACUGCCAUUCUGCCUAUAUGGCAGCGUGCACAAUGAACAUUUAUUUAAAACAUUUCUACCGUAAAUGAGUUGCUUCUCGCAAGCGAAUAAAUGCGAGAAAUACAUGCUGCAAUGGUUUGAAACCUUUGAACGGCAACAGUAUAGAUCUGCUUACAGAAGCAACUCUUGUGUCUUUUGUGAGUGUUUUUUUUUGUGGUUGUACAGAUGAAUGAGAGUUUCACAGCAGCUGAGAUGUUUUUACAUUUGUGUUAAUUUUGACGAACACUAGCUUUGAGCAAAAGGGCAAACGAUUGGGAAUGCCCUCACGUCUGCUUUUGCAAAAUCACAUCUGGGGGUGAAAGAACGGAAAGCUCGCCAUUGUAUCGGUUUUAUUUCCCCUUGCACUUCUCAUUUGGCUUAUCUGGAGUUAUAAAAGUGAUCUUUUAUCUAUUUGUGCAGUUUUUGUUUUCUAGUCAGUGGGAGACUGUGAGGGUUUGUUUGUAUCUGUUUUAGUGUUGUUGUGUGUGCGCGUUUGCGUUGCGUGUUCACGUCUGUAUCGUCGUGCCUAGUGUGGAUCAAUCGCAUGCUUUAGACCCUGAUGGGACACUUUGACAAAAUGUUGCUCACAGACUCUUCCCAUGACUCCUAAUGGACGGUACAUGAGCAUCAGCAAUCCUUGUAAAGACGUCAAGGGAACCAAAUAGCUCUUCGGAUUUAUCAUGUGUGUUACCAGCUCUGUACUGAAACAAAUGAUAAAAAUAAAGGCCUUUACACUUA